CAUCACCGGCUUUUUCGAGGGAAGAUUGUGUGUGGCUUUUUUAUUAUUAUUAAAAUAUAUUCCUUAUAUAAUGUCACCAAUGGUUUGUCAUGUAAAUCUAUUUUAAACCAUGCCAGUAAAGCGAAUUGUAACUUUUAGGGGACCACAAGAUGGCGCGAUUGUGGUCACAUGGGAUGCAAGGGAAGUCGUGUAAAGAAUACACGUGUUGUGACUGAAUUUUUGUUGUAGUUUUAUGUUUUGCCGUGAAUUUGUAAUUUUAAAGUCUUUCAGCAGAUGAAUCCAGUACUGAAAGUACAUUCAUGUGCAGGCAGCGCCAAGGUAAACGCGACCAUGAGGAAUAGUUCAUUUUGAAGUCUGUGCAGUCAUGAUACUUUAAUAUUUUUCUCGCAGUGCACCGAGAUAUAUUUCGCACGAUCACCAUGUAUUUAUUGUUAUCCUUUUUAGUGCCGAUACAAAAUAUCUCGGUAAAUGCUCUCUAGUGCGGAAGGAAGCACGGCGUACACGUUGAUAAUCAUGUGUUGAGACAUCCAGGUGUGUUUUGAAAGAGUAAUGGAUGGGGAUCCAGCAGGGAUGAAUGUGUCACAGUCAUCAAGUAUGGAAGUAAAGGAGGAUAUGGAUACCAGAAGUGAUAGUGAGAAUCAGCCAGCAGGAGAUGCUUCGGUUGACAUCAACUUUUGCGGAUCCACUCCUAUGUUGUGGAAGGUGUCGGACAUGAAAAGGUGCAGAUCUGUGGGUGUGAUCGGGGCUCUGGUGGGCUCUCUGGCCCGUCAGCCUCGGCAGAACGUGCGGCUGGGCAGACCGCUGGAGCUCCUGCAGGAGGAGGCGCUGCUGCUGGUGGAGACGGGCUCUGCUGCGGCUUCACUGCAUACUCAGGAUUGUGGAGAUGAAGAGAUGCAUUUAAAAGCUGUGAGGCAGUAUGAGGCAGGUCUGGAGAGCAGUUAUAAGGAGCAGUGUGCUCUGGCCCUGGAGGACAAGAAGACAGUGCUGAGGAGAAUCAUCAAUGAGAAAGAGAAUGGCACAGAUGACUCCGGCAAUGCAAUUAGGGACCGUCUUAAUGCGCUGGACCAGGCUUUCCGCUUUCCGUUGUCGGCCAUGGCGGUCCAGCUCUGUACUGCCCGUGCUGGCUUCAGCCACUGUCCAGAGGAACGCAGUUUCCUUUCCACUGAUUGGCCAGUGCCUAGAGAUGAACGCUUGAACACUAGAUUCUGUGUAUACAGGGAUCUGAGAAAUAAAGGCUUUUACCUGACCUCCGCAGGGAAGUUUGGAGGAGAUUUCCUGGUAUAUCCAGGUGAUCCUCUGCGUUUCCAUGCUCAUUUCAUUGCAUUAUGCAUCUCCAUGGAUGAAGAAUUACCACUCUGUGAUAUUCUGUCUAUAGCUCGUCUGGGCUCUAAUGUGAAGAAAACAGUAUUGCUUUGCUCUCCGCAGAGCCGUAAUGAGACUGGAAAGGAUGAGAGUGUGGAGGGUGAUGUGGUUUAUUCAUCGCUGCAGUGGAGUUCUAUGGUCUAACUACACAAAUAUAGCUUUUUUCAUCUAUUUUGAUAGUGCAUAGAAGAUGUGGUGCUAUUGGAAACUCAGUGUGCCUUCUGAUGUGUAUUGUGUGUGUGAGAGAUAAAUUCUGAUGACUGAAUUCUGUUGGACUCUAAAUGUGCAUGACCAGCUAUGCAGAGGGAGGAUAUUCCAGUAUCAUCUAAUAAAUAUCUUUAAAAUGAUAUGAAGGGUUGGAGAGUCUCUUUAUUUAUAAUAUUGGUUUCCAUCAUUAGUUUAAACCUCACAAGCAUUUAAAUUUACUGAUAAAGUGAGGUGAAAAAUAUACCAUGAGCCUGUUGCAUAAUUCCUAUUAUGCAGUACCCGUUUGAAAAAUGAAUUAAAGUUAAAAUAAUAAGUAAAUAUCGAAACAAUAUACUGUUUUAAAUAUUUUGAUUGAGGAAAAAAAAAAAAAAAAAAAACGAAGAAACAUUUGGGACAUUUUGGUAGCACUUUACAAUAAAAUCCCAUUUGUUAGCAUUAGUUAAUGCACUACCACUAACUAACAAUAAGCAAUACAUUUGUUGCAGUAUUUAUCAAUAUUAAUGCAGUUAACUAAUGGAACCUAAUAGCAAAGUGGCAUUUUUACCGUAUUCUGCUCGCAACAAAACGGUGAAAAUAUUAAUUCAAUUCCAUGUUCAUGUAAUUUUAAUAAAGGACAACUAAUAUUUACAUAUUUUAAAUUUAUUAUCAAAUGCAAUAUGGAGAUAGGAAAUUUACUGCGUAGUAGGAUUGGCCCUGUUAACUCCCAUUGAGACAAUAUUUUAUGUGCAAAACACUGCCAUCUGGUGGUAUGAUGAGGUCAUUAAAUGUACGUAACAGCUUCUUUUGAUGUUGUACACCCACAUGGCUGUUAAUAGAUAACAGAAUUCAAAUAAUGAUUUAUAAUGAAAAUAAAUUAACAAAUAAAUUAAAUAUGAGGAAUGUGGAAAAUGCAGAGGCAGUGCCAGUGGCGCGUUAUGAAGUCUCGCGAGACAAGGAGGAAGACAGGGCGAGAUCAAGUCGCAGACGGAGGAAGGCAAGAAAAAGAGGAAGAUCUUGACAAACUAAUAAAACCCAUUAAAAUGUCGGGACGGUCCGUGCGAGCGGAGACACGCAGCCGUGCAAAAGAUGACAUCAAAAAAGUGAUGGCGGCAAUUGAGAGGGUCCGUCGGUGGUAA